AUGUCCGUCUCCAACAGAGCAUAUCCCACAGCUGUGGAGGGCGACGCAUACCUUGCCGUAACUGGGGGGGAAAUCCUUCAGGACCCACCUCGGUCCCCACUCGACGGCGGGCGCUCGAGCUUCGACAUGAAUGGCGACGAGAAAGACGCAGCAACGCAAGCGCAUGGAGACGGUCCCGGCCUCUCGAGCCCUGGCGCCAGGAACGCCCGCACGCCCGCGAAUAACCCAAAACCCCGAUUUCUGACCGUCGUGUUGGCGACCGUCCCGCCGGCGGCAUCAUCAGGUGGUGGCGCGCACGCGGUUGCCUGA